AUGAUGUUCAAGACUGUUGCUCUCCUGCCUCUCGCAGCUCUGGUUGCUGCUCAGGACACUACCACUGGGACUCUUCCCAGCAUCAUCUCCGACAUCACCGAUACCGGGAGCUCAGCCACUGCGGCCAUCUCCAGCAUUCUCUCCGACGCCAGCUCGGUACUCUCGAGCAUCACCUCUGACGCCAGCGGGGCCAUCUCAUCCGCCACGGGAGCUGCUGGCGGUGCCCUGACCACCAUCACCUCGGACGGCUCGACCUUUGUCUCGAGCCUGUCCUCGGCUGGGGCCGGUGCCUUCACGACUCUGACCUCGGACGGCAGCACCAUUACCUCGCAAGUCAGCUCCGCAGCCACUACUCAGACAUCAGCCCUGACGGACUCUUCGGGCCACACGACUGGCACCACUACCCACACCUCUGCGGGCUCCCAGUCCACCGGCUCGUCUUCGAGUUCAGGCAACGCUGCUGCCGUUCCUACCGCUGCCGCCGGUGGCAUGAUGCUGGGUCUCGUCGCCGGUGCCGCUCUCAUCCUCUAA